AUUUGAAUAAAUUAAACAACAAAAAAGAUGCCCAAUCACUAAACAGUGCCCACCACCAUUUGUUCAGUUCCCCUUUCCCAACACUUUUUUCCUCCACCCCAUAUAUCCUCUUUGUAUUUUCUCUUGCACUUUUCUUCUUGCCCUCGAUUGCUCCUUUCAAAUUAAAAGAAGAUAGAAAACCGCUGAGAUUUCAACUUGGUUUCUUCCCUCAGAACAGAACCCAAUUCUUUGCUUGCAGUUAAAGCUUGAUUUUUUACUAAAAAACUCGCGUUUUUCCGGUUAUUUUGUUCCUGCUUGCUCAAGAUUCGUGUUUUUGGUGAUAUUUUACACCUAUGCGAAGUGGGUUCUGAAAGGGGAAAAGAGAAGGGUUUGAUUUGAGGGGAAGAAUAUGUCGCUGGAGGUGGCGACUGUUGUGGAAGAUGCGGUGGAAUAUUCGUUCGCGAUGGAAUAUCACGGGCCUCCGAUUACCCGUGAGCUGCCGCGGGCCGUGCCCAUCAAUGUGGAUCGGAUUCCGGUGGCCUCCGUCGUCUCUCCGCUGCCGUUUCCUGACACUUUGUCGCUGCCCGUGGUGCAGCCGAUAUCCGCGGCCGACAUAAUCGGCAAGAAGCUAACUAGGGAUUUGAAAUUGAGCUCCUCCUCCGCCGAGCUGCUAACCGUUUCGCCGACUUCGGUGAUUGCUUUCGAGUCGCAGAAUAAUGAGGUGAGUGAGGGUUCUUACAGUAAAGAGCUGGGUUUGGGGACUGAAACUAGCGUUUCUCCUAGCUCGGUUAUUAAUGCAUCGCUAGAAAGUGAGACUGAAAAUCGCAAUAGUAAUGAUGUCUGUGCUUUGUCCGGUGAACUGAGCAGUGAUUUUGAGUGUUGCAAUCGUGAUGAUGCAUUGAGUGGAGUGAACGAGAGGGGGUAUUCCUCGAUUAGCCACGAUGAGUUUGUUGGUGGGGUUGGGAGCUCGGGUGUUUUAGGGUCUUCGGAUAGCUUUGAGAAGUCGAUGGAAUUUUCAGGGAGUCUGCGUAAGUCGAGGCUAUCGAGUGCUUAUAAGGAUACCUUAGACUUCAACGAGUCAAACAGAACGGAUUGGGAGUCUAAUGAGUCAGUUCUGAGUGCCGAUUAUCUUUCCUCUAGGGUUUCAUCUCGCAAGUUUGGGGACCAGAAUCAAGAUUCUGGUGGCGGUGAUGUGAGGCGUGCCCCGGUGGUGACAUUUUGUGAUAUUGAGUCGGAUGAUGAGAAUGCUAAUGACGACUACAGCCGUUCUGAGCCUGAGGUGGUCAGAAUGAAGAAAGAACCUGCUGCAAAAGUCAGGAAAGGAGCGUGUUACCGGUGCUUGAAAGGAAACCGGUUUACGGAGAAGGAGGUGUGCAUGGUCUGUGAUGCUAAGUAUUGUAAUAAUUGUGUGCUUAGAGCAAUGGGGUCGAUGCCUGAGGGUAGGAAGUGCGUCACCUGCAUUGGUUACCCUAUUAGUGAGUCGAAGCGUGUCUCUUUGGGAAAAUGCUCGAGAAUGCUCAAGCGAUUGCUCAAUGAUCUGGAAGUUAAGCAGAUAAUGAAAGCUGAGAAAUUUUGUGAGGUGAAUCAGUUGCCUCCUGAGUAUAUCUCCGUAAAUGGUAGGCCUCUAUAUCACGAUGAGCUCGUCAUGCUCCAGAGCUGCUCUAAUCCACCGAAGAAGCUGAAGCCGGGAAAUUAUUGGUAUGACAAAGUAUCAGGUCUUUGGGGAAAGGAAGGGCAGAAGCCAUUACAAAUUAUUGCUCCUCAUCUCAAUGUUGGGGGUCCUGUUAAAGCAGAUGCUAGCAAUGGGAACACCCAAGUUUACAUAAAUGGUCGUGAGAUCACCAAAGUGGAAUUGCGUAUGCUAAAGUUAGCAGGAGUUCAGUGUGCUGGAAAUCCACAUUUUUGGGUGAAUGAAGAUGGUUCGUACCAAGAGGAGGGACAAAAAAAUACGAAAGGUUUUAUUUGGGGCAAGGCUGGAACAAAGCUGCUUUGUGCUGUUCUUUCUCUCCCAGUUCCCUCUAAAUCAUCUGAUCCCUGUGGAGAACAAAUAUCUAGCUCAAUCAGUCGGAGCAUGCCGGAUUAUCUUGAGCAGAGAGCGAUUCAGAAGCUUCUUCUGAUUGGAUAUAGUGGAUCUGGAACAAGUACCAUUUUUAAACAGGCUAGAAUUCUUUAUAAAGACUUACCCUUUUCUGAGGAUGAGCGGGAACACAUUACAUUAGUCAUCCAGAGCCAUGUGUAUAACUAUAUUGGAAUACUACUUGAGGGACGUGAACGAUUUGAAGAAGAAAGUUUGCAUGAAUUGAGGCAACAUCAGUCUUGUGAUGGACCUGAUGGUACAACUCCUGCAGGAGAUGUUGAUGGCAAUGGUGAAGAGACACCUUAUUCAAUCGGUCCACGACUGAAGGCAUUCUCAGAUUGGCUACUUAGAAUCAUGGCAUCAGGAUCUUUGGAAGCAAUAUUUCCUGCUGCUAGUCGGGAAUAUGCACCACUGGUUGAGGAGUUGUGUAGUAGUGCUGCUUUCAAGGCAACUUACAAACGGCGACAUGAAUUGGAAAGCCUCCCCAAAAUUUCAAGUUACUUCCUAGAACAGGCUGUUGAAAUUUUGAAACCGGAUUACAAACCAUCUGAUGUGGAUAUCCUUUAUGCUGAACAUGUUACUUCAUCCAAUGGGCUUGCAUGUGUUGAUUUUUCUUUCCCCGAGCCAGUAUAUGAUGGUGAUGACAGUGGUGAUCUGCAUGAUUCCCUGCUCAGAUACCAGCUAAUCAGGUUGCAGGCGAAAGGUUUUGGAGAAAACUGCAAGUGGCUGGAGAUGCUUGAAGAUGUUCGGAUCGUUAUCUUUUGCGUUUCUCUAAGCGACUACGAUCAGUUUGCUCUUGAUGUUGAUGGAAACAGAGUGAACAAGAUGAUGUUGAGCAAAAAGUUCUUCGAGAACAUGGUCACUCACCCGACGUUUGAUCAGAUGGAAUUCCUUCUCCUCUUAAACAAAUUCGACUCCUUUGAGGAAAAGAUUGAACAAGUUCCACUGACUAAAUGUGAGUGGUUUGAUGAUUUCCAUCCGGUGAUCAGUCGUAAUCGUUCCAACAGCAACAACUCAAAUCAUCCAACCCUGGGGCAGUUGGGUUUCCACUAUGUUGCUGUGAAGUUUAAACGGCUGUUUGCUGCCCUGACAGGGCGAAAGCUAUAUGCAUCGGCUGUGAAGGCUCUGGAUCCUACCAGUGUAGACACAGCGCUGAAAUAUGCAAGAGAGGUAUUGAACUGGGAUGAGGAGAGACCAAAUGUUAGUCUGAGUGAAUAUUCGAUUUAUAGCACGGAGGCAAGCUCGUUUUCUCAUUAAGAAUAUCUCCCUUGCCCGUUGUACAGAAAUCAUGUGUAGAUGUUGAUCCUACUUGCUCUUUCGCCUUAGUCGUGCCAUAGCUGAUAGAGAUUAUAGAUUUAAAAUUUUCCUUUUUAGGUGAUUUCUGUGAAUUCAUGAUAGGUAGUGUUAGUACAGAUGUAAAAUUCCAUAAAUGAAAGCUACUGCUGUUGUUGGUGUGUGUGGAGUUGAUCUUGGUUAAUGUAUGUACUACUACUAGUUAUGAGAUGAUGGUAUAAAUCUAUUUUCUUGAUUUAUUCAUUUA